AUUUAGUACCAUCACGUGAAAACUCCACUAUAGUUGCUCUCAAAAGUUUGAAUGGAACUCAAAAUGUUUCAUUAGAUUUUUUAAACGAGUUUAAGGCCUAUUAUGAAUGUCAAUUUAGAAGAUAUAAUAUAGAAAAAUAUG